AUGAUUUCAUUAAGACGUGAACAGAAUGCAUUAUCCAAUCUUUCAAAUAGUAAUCAUUCUAAUGAAAUAGGAUCAUCAUUUGAUUUGUCUAUUUCAUCAGAUAAUAAUGAUUACUUUUCCACUAUUAAUUAUCGAAAAGCAAAUACAUUGGAUCGUCGAUUUCCUCAUUCUAUGGGGAGUCAUAAUUUGAAACAAUCAUCUCAAUCUACAGAUCCAUAUACUUUGAAAUUAUUAUUAUCAUUAUUACCUUCAAUACCACCAUCUACAUUAUCUGUAUCUUCAUCAUCAUUAUCAUCAUUAGGUUUAAAAAAUAUAAAUGGUAUAGAUGAUAAUAAAUUAAAAAAACUUACAUCAUUAUCAUCAUUUCAUAAACAUUUAAACAAAAAAUUACAUCGUUCUUUAUCGAGUUCUUCAACGGUUACAUCAUUCAAGACAACAACAACAACAAUCCAUAGUAAACAUCAUUCAUAUCAUAAUACUAAUAAUAAUAAUAAUGAUACAUUGCAUGAAUUUCAUUCAUUACCUCAUCGACAUCAUUCAUCUAAUAUGGAAACUGAUAAACAAAUCAUAAAUGAUUAUCAUCAUAAAUCAAUUUCAACUACUGCUUUAUUAGCUGAAACUGAUGUAUGUCAAUUAAUCACUUCAAAAGUUAAUCAUAUAAUUAAACGUAAAGCUUCUAGUGUUAGUCAACAUUGA